AUGAAAUUCGGGAAGCUGGGUACAGCCCUUACUUUAGGAUUGCAGGCAGCUUUUGAAGGAAGCGAGCCUGAUGACACACAUGUUCCGCAUGCGAUGGGACCGCAGGAUGCGGCCCGGAUCGCGCGCAAAAUGGCAGUUUCGCAGGAUGUUUUGCACGCCAACACCAUUGACCGUGAUUCCGGAACGCCUGUGUCGUUUGUUGAAUACUUUGCGGGGUCUGACCUCUGUCACGACGUGCAGACAUCGCAGAACGGUAACCUUAUCCUGCUGCUCCUCAACAUGAGCUCAACCUUUCAGAACUGGAACAAGGACGCCAAACUUUCAGUCUCGGUAGAGAUGUCGCAUCGUCACGGCAUUGGUAGACCACCCAUGGCCUCGCCAAGGGCCAACUAUUUUGGUGAGUUGAAGCGGUUGGAACCAUCCAAAGCACUUGAACAUUGUUUUCUCAAACGCCAUCCAGACGCACGCUGGUGGAUCCCAGAGGGCGACCACGACCAAGUGCGUGACGGGCAGUGGUUUGAAUUUGAUGUGAGCGAGGUGUACUUUGUGGGUGGUUUUGGUGACAGAGCCUACAUUGGGGCCAUUAGCGGUGAAGAUUAUCACGCUGCCUUCAAUCAAACCGAGCUCGAGGGCCAAUCUGAGUGCAAGGGAUAUCGUGGCCGUGGUAAGGACGGGCUUGGUCGUCCCCACGGUAAGCAUCAAAGACCUGGUUCUCACGAAGAGGACUCCGAGUCCGAGGAAGCGUCUCCUGAAGAACACGAGCGUGGUCGCCCCCACGGUAAGCAUCAAAGACCUGGUCCCCACCAGGAGGACUCUGAGUAUGAGGAAGCCUCUCCUGAAGAACACGAGCGUGGUCGCCCCCACGGUAAGCAUCAAAAACCUGGUCCUCACGAAGAGGACUCUGGGUACGAGCAAGCGUCUCCUGAAGAACACGAGCGUGGUCGCCCCCACGGUAAGCAUCAAAGACCUGGUCCUCACCAAGAGGACUCUGAGUAUGAGCAAGCCUCUCCUGAAGAACACGAGCGUGGUCGCCGCCGCGGGAAGCAUCAAAGACCCGGUCCUCAUCAAGCUGAAGCUGAGUUCCAGGAAGAGCCUUUUGAGAGACCUGAGCGUCAAAUACUUGCACCCAACGGCGGUGAUGAAGUAAAUUGA